UAUUUUUAAUAAUAAUGCUAUGCGUGAUAGGAAAAAGUUAACUCGGCAGCAGCAAAAAGGCUUGAUGAAAUUUAUCCCACCCAAUAUGAAUCUUAACGAGCUCGGCCACACAGUGGCCUAUGGCUUGAUGCGCAAUAAUACUUCAUGGUUGCAUUUAAAUUUAACUAGUAUAUUCUGGCGAAUCAAAGGUGAUGCUUACAAUGCUCUAGAAUGUGCCCGAAGAGAUGGCAUUCAAGAUGAAAGUUUAAACUCCAUUUUAACAAGUCGUGGACAAUUCUGUAUGCAAUGAAGUGGUGAUGAGUCAAUACUUUCCUGUGAUAUUAUGUCUGAGAGACAGAUGUUGGCGCAGAAAUUACAAAUUGAUUUCGGUGUUAGUUUGCAAGUUUUGAAAACCGUUGAAAACCAGGCUAAAGAAAUCACAAGGGAAAUACCAAAGCUCGAUGGGCUUGACUUUAUGAACGUAGAAAAAAUGUCAAGAAAACGAAUCAGAGAAGAAGUAAUAAUACACUACCGAAGCCAGAUACAUUACCGAAUCAUCAUCAUAAUGGAGCAGAAGAUAUUUCUUGUGCACGGGAAGAAUCACCAGUAUUUCCUAUAUUUUUCACUCAACGACCAGUCUAUCGAGUCCCAGAAAAGUCUGACUGCUCUGCAUACUCAUCGUUUAACUUCAUCAGCAGCAACCUUGGUGAGCAUCGCUUAGAGGGUGUCAACAGCAUGGAAAUUGAUCACUGAUUACCGAUCCAAGUGCAUUUUUUUAAAUUCUU